AUGGCCAAUCUACUUUUGACAGGGGCCACUGGAUUCAUUGGAGGAACUGUACUGCAUCAGUUGCUCCAAUUGGCUGAGACUCAACCCGCAAAGCUAUCCAUCACGGCUGUUGUACGUCGCUCAGAGCAAGCAGAUCUCUUGGCUAGCAAAGGGGUUCAAACGACCCUUGUGUCUGGUCUUGAUGAUGCAGACGGACUAGCACGAGCGGCGAGCAGCCAUGAUAUCGUUGUUAAUGUUGCGACCGGCUUCCACGUUGCCGCCACCAAGGCACUCAUACAGGGUCUCAGCAAGAGACGUGAGCAGACUGGUCGAAAUGUCCACUUCCUUCAUGUGAGAACAACCUGCGUAUCCGUCCCAUCUAUCACAUCAUCCCCAUUCGAGUUGCGAACAUUUUCCGAUCAGGAUGAUGAUAUAUUCGAUUAUGAGCAAACGCGCGACUCUCAAGAAGCCUACGCGCAGAGAACGGCCGAACUUACAGCCAUACAGACGAGUGAGAGCUUGGGGGUCAAGGCGUACGUUGUCAUGCCCCCACUCGUCUAUGGCCGGGGUAGCGGGUGGUUCAAGAAGCAGUCACACCAAAUCCCCACACUGAUCAGGAAUGCAAUUGCAUCUGGCUACGCAGAACAUGUCGACACCGGCGAAGCGCAGCUGGGCCAUGUUCAUGUAGAGGACCUGGCUCGUCUCUAUGUCACGUUAGUGGCGAGAAUACUGUCCAGCGAGGAAAUUCCCUAUGGCCGAAAUGGUUACUACUUCGCCAAUACUGGGUCUCAUAAGUGGCUUGAUGUGACAAGCCGGAUAGGCAAAGCAGGGUAUGACAUGGGCGUCUUGAAGUCAGCUAGCCCGAGAUCGAUAAGCCUUGAGGAUGCUGCAGAGAAACUUGCCGAUGGAGACUUGGGUUACGCGGAAGCGUGCUUUGCUUCCAACUCUAGUACUAGACCCGAUAAGGCUUUCGCGGUUGGAUGGAAGCCCUCAAAGACCGAGCACGACUGGGAGAACUCCAUCAAGUCGACCUUCGAGGAUAUAUUGCAGGAACAAUGA